ACAUUUCUCGUGCCUGGAUUCCACUUCUCCACCACCGACAAAUCCGCCGACCCUGCCGAGUUCCAUCGCGUUGCAGCUCAACUGCUUUCUGGAGCUGCAAGGGUUGAUCUCGAAGGGGACGACGAAGAGGACGAGGAGGCUGAGCCACCUCAGUCGACGCAGACUUCAAGGCAUCUUCACUGCGACUUGGGCAAGGACUUCUCCGGGCGCUACUGUUGCUCGUGCGGCAAGUCAUAUUCCACACAAAUCCGUCUGACGGAGCACGUUCAGCAGUGCGCGGGGGUCGAGAACUACCCCUGUCACACAUGCGACUCGGUCUUCUCCUCAGCCCAAAGUUUGAAGCGUCACGUCCGCCUCAAGCAUAACAAUGACAUGGAGCCAUGUCCCGAGUGUGGCAUUAAAUUUCCGGUCACAUACCUGCCAAAACAUCUAGCCUCAGGUCUGGGAGGCUGCGACAGUGCCUUGCAGUCUUCCGUCCUCACUCCGUUUGGGGAAGAUUCAUCUGCUCGACGAACGCUGUCUGAACGAUAUUGGACCAUUCACGAUGACGACAGUCGGCAGGUGCGACGGGCUCACGACUCUGCAUGUGUAGCCGACGAGGCCGAAGACUUCACUCAACAAACAAGGUCAUUCGUGACACGUCUCCUGCAGAGACCAACAUCCACUUUCGACAAGGUAUUCUGUGAUCUAUGCGGCGAAGGGUUCUGGUCGGAUGGCGAGGACCUCGCCGAACACAUUGGCCAACAUUCCCUCAACUUCAGCGAGAAAAGGCACAAGUGUGAUGAAUGCCGCAUCUUCUUUGCCAACGAAAAGGACCGGGAUAGACAUCUGCAGUCCGCCAACUUGACUCAGCAUUGCGGCUUCACUUUUCGCCACAAUGGCCCUUGUACCGGACACCACCCACCGACGUACACAAAGUCGUCGUUGAUUAGCGACCAUGCCCUCAUGCAGAAGCACCUUUGGUCGUGGGAGCUGAGCCAGUUCCGGACACAUCGCGUGGCUGUUGCAACCAUCCUUGCGGAGACUCUCCACGGCUCUGCAGACCCUCACAUGAGUCUUGCCGACUGCAAGAGGACUUACGCAUCAAUGCUACCGCACUUUGCAGCUGCCCAUGCCCAGAGUGCGCAGCCACAAUGGUCAGCUAGCGAGCGCGAAAGCAUAGAUGACGACUCUCUUGAUGCACACUUCAGCCGCGUUAUC